GAAAGCGCCACCGAGUCAUAGUUCACUCUGUACGGAAUACUCGCGUGAAUAAAGGCCUCGACGGACCCCUGCAGCCAAUCUAUCUGUGUCCUUCUAUGCAUUAGUCUAUGGGGCAUCUGAAAAGAUAUCUGUGUGUAGGGGGGACACGAAAAUAUGAGGAUCUGGUAUCAUAUGCCACGAAAGGCUGAAGAGAUCUGCAAAUCGACCAAACAACUACGUAUCUUGUCGUGCUUUCUAUUUCUAUUGUGUGGACCAAUUAGACCAUGCCUCGCCUUGAUAUUGUAUGGAGCAUUCACAAAUCAUCCGGGAUUUACGUCCGUCUUCCGCCAAUUGUCCACAUCUGCCUCCCAAACACACGGAAACUCGGGCUUCUAAAUUAACCCCCUUGUUUUCACAGUCUUCCGUUGUGUAGCCUUGUUGGUGGCUAAUCUCAAGAGCAAUGUCUUCGAUAGGAUAAGUAAGGACCUCUCUCGCAGGUCUGUUGCAGUCCAUCUCGAAUACGUUCAAACAUCCCCUCAAGCAGCAACAGUUUCGACCUGCUGCCAUGUCGGACCUAAAGAAGGAACACGAGAGUAUCGGAGAUGACGAAUUUGACAAGGAGCAGAAGGUUGUCGCAGUGAAGGUUGUUUCCGGCGAUGAAGCUUUCCAGCAGGCUAUGAUCAAGGAACCACCGCGGCCAUGGAGCAUCCCCUCGAUAAAGCUCUAUUUUGUGGUCGUUGUUGGCUUCUGUUGUUCCACAACCAAUGGUUACGAUGGCUCUCUUUUCAGUACGCUUCUAGCGAACGAUGCCUUCAAGAACUUCUUCCAUGUGGAUAAUGCUGGUUCAUGGACUGGUAUUGUCACUGCUAUGUACCAAAUUGGCAGCGUCGUUGUCAUCCCCUUCAUCGGCCCCUCCAUCGACACCUGGGGAAGACGCGCAGCCAUGUUCAUGUCAGCAUUUAUCAUUAUUCUCGGCGUUAUCAUCCAAGGAACCUGCAUCAAGACCGAAAGCAUUGGUCAAUUCAUGGGCGGCCGAUUCCUGCUUGGUUUCGGUGUUGGUAUAAUUGGAGCUGCUGGUCCUACCUACGUCGUCGAAAUGUCCCAUCCAGCACAUCGUGGUGUUACCACUGGCCUGUACAAUGUGUUCUGGCCCUUUGGUGCCCUUGUUGCUAGUUGUGCCGCUCGUGGAGGCCUUACCUACGCCGGAACUAACACCUCGUGGAUGAUCCCACUCUGGCUUCAGAUGUUUUUCCCGACCAUUAUCUUUGUUUUUGUCUGGCUCCUCCCAGAAUCGCCUAGAUGGCUCUACGUCCAUGGCAGAGUGGAGGAGGCACGGGCAGUUCUGACAAGGUACCACGGUCAGGGUAACCCUGACAGCGAGUGGGUCAAGCUCCAGAUGAUGGAGUACGAGGAGCAUUUGGAACUGGACGGCUCUGAUAAGCAUUGGUGGGAUUACCGUGCUCUGUUCAGAGACAGAGCAUCCCGUAACCGUCUGAUGGUCAACUGUGUAGUAUCUCUCUUCGGACAGUGGGCUGGCAAUGGCUGCGUGUCCUACUUCUUGAGCAAGUUCCUCGAGACUGCCAAUAUCAAAGGUGAAACUCUCCAGACCAACCUCGCAGUCGGCAUGAACUCCAUUCAAAUCGCCUUCGCUGCGCUAGGUGCCUCCCAAGUCGAUAGAUUUGGUCGCCGACCCAUGCUUAUUGUCGUCAACAUCGUUUGCUGCUUGUGCUGGAUUGCCAUCACCGUUUCGUCAUCCAUUGCGGAUGUCCACGCAGACAGCACUGAUGAAUACCUCGCCACCGUCCCAGGCUCAGUCAGCAAGGCGUGUCUCGCAUGGGUCUACAUUUUCCAGAUUUGCUACUCCGUCGGAUGGACACCGAUGCAGGCUUUGUAUCCUGUUGAGGUUCUAUCCUUCGAGAUGCGAGCCAAGGGCAUGGCGUUCUCCAGUUUGUUCACCAGUGUUGGUCUUCUUGCCAACCAGUUUGGUAUUUCAGUCGCGCUGGACGUCAUCACGUGGAACACCUACACUGUUUUCGCCAUUUGGUGCGCUGUUCAGUCUGUCAUUCUCUAUUUCAUCGUUCCAGAGACCAAGAACCGCACACUCGAGGAACUGGACGAGAUUUUCAACGCAAAGAACCCAGUCAAGGCCUCACUCCAGAAGAAGAAGCUGGAGGUCGAUGCGAACGCCAAUGUUGUCCACGUGGAUACUGUCGAAACCAACAACGGCCUCAAUCUCUGAAAGGAUUCAAGGCAAGCUACCUCGUAGAGGAGAGACAUUUAUAUUCUUGUGACCGGAUUGGAUUAGCCGUGAAGUUGAUUUGGACGAGUGAAACUGUCGCUUUUAAUAUUAACUCUUCUCACAUAAUCAUGUUAUCUUAUGAAACCUUGCCCGUCAAAGGUUAUUUGCUGUAGAAACCUAAAGCCUUCCUGGUGAGGCAUAAAAUGGGGACACCAGGCUUCAAUCGUUACGAACAGAAAUUCCAAAUUCUUUCCCAUUAUUAGGUAACAAG